AUGCGGCUCACCGUGGCCCUGAGCAUAAGCUUUUGCAGACGCCUGGCGUCAUGGUUUCGUACCUGCGCCGUCGCUGCCAGCUUUUUCCGGCGGGAAGCCUCAGCGACACACCUUUCUUGCGUCUCUUCGACUUCGGUGGUCCCAUGUAUGGUGUCGGAACGAGAGACGACCGAGCUCUCUUGCAGGAGUUCGCAGGGCUCAACCAGUACUUGUGUGUUGUGCCAGAGAAGGCAUGACGGAAGCCAGUAUGCGAAGGGGAAGGAGGACAUACAGAUGUCCAUUGCACUCGCAGGGGCUUCUCUGUGA